ACCUGAAUGUCAUGAGCUGCCCAGCCAUCCAACGUAUGUUGUCGAGAUCAUCAUGGAUAUCGCCCCGAAAUUAGAGAACUUGAGGAAAAUUCCUUCCGCCCGUCUUCCCCCUCCAGUUCUCUUUCAAGGUCCUCCCUCCUCUCAGAAUGGAUCUAACCUAUCCCUCCCACCUCCGGUGCCCGCUGUCUCUUCUCCCGGUGGAGGGCUUCAGCCCCCUCCGCUGCAGCGGCGUCGCUCGUCUCGACACAUGGGCACUCUGGAGACACCAGGCUCACUCUCGCCGUUUCUGUCUCGCACCCAAUCAAAGGGUGAACUAGAUCGCUCUGACGCAAUUUGGCAGGAGAUGCAGAAUGCCUUAUCAGAAGUCGAACUGAGCGCGGUAAACAGCGAACACGUCUUUGGCGAGAAGCAUUCCGAGGCACUGGAAGAUCUGCGAACGAAACAGCUGAAGCUUGCACAAGCAUGGGCUCGAAGCGAAGCUGAUGAGGUAGUUGACCCGAAGAAUGCGGUUGGCAAGAGCCCGUCAAGACCAAGGGUGUCCUCUCGGGCUACCAGUACUACCGGAGAUCCAAACGCAGCGGAUGAUGCCUCUCAGAAGAACCUCGAUGAUGAGACGGAAAAGGAUAUUCUUCUGGCGCGUGAGAGGCGCGAAGCGAAUGAUCGCUAUUUCGACCGGGUCAACAACGGCGUAUUGGACGUGGUGGCUAAACUCGAGGAAGUUGCCCAAGCCAUGCGCGCUGUGGAGAGGGAGAGCCGUGACAUCUGGAGUGAUAAUGAGAGCAUAACUACAGAGACAGCAUCAACGGCUAACACUGGCUGAGGCUGUUGGAACACAUUGGAGACCGAUCAUAUAUGGACGCCGUAUAUAAGGCUUCUAGUCACAGGGACUAGAAUUGUCUUCUCCUGGUAAGUGGCAGUCGACAAAUUAUAAACACCAAGUAUACCUUGCAUGCUGGUCGACGUCAUCGCCACUUUAUCACCACUUUCAAGACGGAUGGAGUAUCUACCUUCUGGAUCAUUACAUUGCUACAAGAAUUCAUUUGCGGUCUUGUGCAGUCAGCCUCAACAGACCUUCUGAGAUGAGGCCCAUGGCCAUGGUUCGUGUAUGACAUGCGACAAUAUUGUCAUUCGACGCAGGGAACUGAUAAGGUUGCAUCGACAAAAAAUAGUAAUACAGUAUGAAACGCUGGUCAUAGCAGGAAAAGAAUGGGUAUCUGAACAUACUUGCCCAACAACAUGGAGCAACUUCAAUGAAAAUAUCCACAACCAAAGAAUGGAUAUCUACUCCUUCUUUAUACACCUGACCACAGUGCUCCACCCUUCCACCGCCGCAUCUCGCGCGUCUUCCCAUCGAC